AUGUCAGCACCGCCUUCGCCAAAGCCCUCGUUCGAGUCCGAGGAGCGUCCGGAAUCCAGUCAGAGUUUGUCAAAGUCUGCAGCCGCAGGGUCCAAGCACAAGCGCAAUAUCUCUUUUGAAGACAACCCGAAGAAUGGCAGGCCCCGACGAAGGUCGAUCCAGUUCCAAGUGGCCGCUGCAGAGUCGCAGCUGCCUAGUCGACCGCUGGAAAAGCGGGUAUCCCAUGGAGAUACGUCGCCCAGGGAAGAAGCAGAGAGAGACCAGCGGUCUGCGCAAGCGGGUCGAGGUCCUUCACCGCCGCCGCCAAAGACCUAUGAACGGGGCGUCUCCUUCAACACUUUCGACAACCCCGAUGCGCCGGACUUUUCCUUGACGCUCAACUACAAACAUAAGGGGUAUCAGAGUACUCGGCGAAGCCGGUCGUUCCUGGUGGGCACGGAUCAAAAUGAUUACUCAGAGUUCGCCCUUGAGUGGCUACUCGAUGAACUUGUCGAUGAUGGCGACGAGAUCGUGUGUCUUCGUGCGGUAGAGAAAGACUCGCGCAUGGCUAGUGAUGCAGGCAUUGAGGAGGGCAAGUACCGCCAGGAGGCAAAGAGGCUGUUCGAGCAGGUGAUUCAGAAGAAUAGCCAGGACGAGAAAGCGAUCAGCUUGGUCCUGGAACUGGUGGUCGGGAAAGUGGAGGAUAUUAUUCAGCGGAUGAUCCGUAUAUACGAGCCCGCCAUGCUCGUGGUCGGUACCCGCGGGCGCAACUUGAAGGGCGUUCACAGUCUCCUGCCUGGCUCUGUCUCCAAAUACUGUCUGCAGCAGUCACCUAUUCCGGUCAUCGUGGUACGCCCAUCACCCAAGCGCGAGAAGAAGAAAAAGAAGCGUCGCGCAGAUCCCACACGCAAGAGCUACAACCAGAUUCUCAAUCUCAGCGAGCAGCGAGGUAGCCGCAUUUUCGACGCCAGUUCCAGCACAGAGGAUGGAGUUUCUAAACUUCCCGACGAGGAGGCUGCCGUUGCCGAAGCGCUCGGCCUUCCAGCAUCCUACUCUCAUGCCCACUCGCGCAGCUCUCUUUCUGUCUCGGAUCGAAGCAGUCUUAGCCAUGACGACUCCGAUUCUACUUCUCCAGUUCCCCACUCACUUGAUGCAGUGGUUAUGAGGAGCCCUCUUAUCGGCAGCCCUGCCAGUUCAGAGGAGAGCAUCAGUCUUAGCGAAGACACGGAGAGACCAGGACAUCUACUCAUUCCUGAAGCUCUCGAUGAGACAAGCGAAGAAUCGUCCGACGAUACAGAAUCAACCUCCAAAGGACCCGACAUCGACUCCGCAGCGCCACCACCCGAAGAAUCACCUGCAAACCCCGUCUCGAUCCCAACGAUCGAAGUCUCCAACGACACCGACGAGAAAAGUGCCGAAGAACAAUGA